UAUGGACGGCAAGAACUUAAAUAUCGAUAACGAGACAACGAAUAAGAGACAGUAUUCCGAUAAAUUACUUAGACGCCUUAAUAAAAUGAAUAACGAAUAUCGGCCUUUAAGAAUAAGGAGGAUGAAGGAGUUUAGAGUAACAAAUGAAGGUUAUGAGAAACAAAAAGGCUCUCAAUGUUGCAAGAAAGUAAAUGAGCUUUUAAAGGAAAUAGAAAGGGACGAGAAACUACUCAAGUGCUGUAGAAAUUAUUGUCAGUUCAAAUCUGAUAAUAGAUUAUUAAAUUCUAAAAGGGAAAAGCGAGAAAGUAGAUCAGAAAAAGUAACAGAUAAGGACAAGGAACAAUUUACAACGUCCCCACAAACUGGUAGGCCUAUCUGGAAGGAAACGCUUAUUAGAGAGAACGGAAUUGAAAAUGUUCCCGCUCUAUCAUCAUCGUCGUCUAAAGAUGUUUCCAUUUUAUCUUCAACUGAAACUAUAGAGAAUCAAAUAGCUUUUAAUACGCAAGGGGUGUGGUUUGACACUAAUAUUGAUGUUAAUAUUUUCUUAUCAAAAGGAAACCCGUCAUAUCAACCACCUACUAGCGAAAUUGAAAUAGAUGCUCAAUUUAUUCUACCUUUAGACGCUCCAGUACAUGUUUUAAUUAAGCCAACCAACCUAUGUAAAGGUCUAAACGAAGGUUCGAGUAAAUGGAGAAGAAUGAUGAUAAUCUUUCGCAAGGUUAAGGAUGAGAUAUGGGGUGAUAUUGCAAUCCAACCAGAAUGCGAUAGUGAAGGAUACGAGAGAAGAUACAAAAGUAAUUGUAUAAAAACAGUUCUUUCUGGAAGUUUAAUCACUGUGAUAAUUGAAAUAUCAACAAAAAAGAGUUGCUAUACUAUCCAAUUAGCUUAUAAACUGUUAAAGGAGAAGGAAUACGAAAUUUUAAGAGCGCAUAACGCUCUCUUGCAAAUAAGCCAAGCUAUAGAAAGUGAAGGUUCUAUACGUUCGUUCCUCCCUGGCAACGCUCGGAAGACUGAUGAAGAGAGAAGAGUAGGACAAACAAAAGCUAAUCAUCUUAAUAAUACAGAUAAAUCUGAAGCUUGUAAAAAGGGAAAUGCCAAGUUUCUACUGACAAGUAGUAAUAAUGAAAAGAAUAGACUGGGAAAUGAGGAACACAGAAGUUCUCCAACAGAGUUUAAGCGAAGCAUUCUAAAACCUGAAAAUAAAAAACAAGCUUUUGACAAAGACGCUACUGUGUUCAGCGAGGUUUCAUCGUUAAAGGGAUACGAGGAUGAUGAAGACUCCGUAAUGAAUAAAAAGAAAUUGCUUGAUAAAAAGCGAUCAAAGAGCAGAAACUAUAAAAGGAAAAGGGGUGGAAAAGGUAGGAAAAAGUCUAAAUCACUUCCUCAGCAAAAAGAAAUAUUUAACAGCUUUCCCCUCAAAAUGGAAUGGGAUAUUCAUACAAAUUUAAAUAUUCACUUAAAAACUGCUGAUAGCUCGCGCGAAAUUUGUCACAGAGAUGUUAUAAUCUCAGAUAACGGGGCUAAAACUUCUACAAGUUGUAAACCAAAAAUGAAUGAAAGGGUAAACGUAAAAGACAAAGAUGAGUAUUUGAUAAAAGCGGAACAAAAAGGGUAUGAAGAAAGCUUGAGAGCUAAGAACGACAUUGAAGAUGCUGAAGAGAGUGAGAGCGGAGAAUGCAAGAAAAAUGGUCCGCCUCCGGCUUAUAGCCACCAAUCAGAUAGGCCUAGUACUAAUCAAUUAGCUCAUAAAGAAUUGGAAGACGAUGUUAUUUACGUUGGUUGUGAUCAGACGACACCCAUUAAAUUGCCUUGUGGAAAAAUCUAUUUAUUGGAUACGAGAAAAAAUGUUACAUUACAUGCCAAGUCAAUGGCAAAGAGUGAAAGGACAGAAGGUCAACAGCCCUUUUCGAACGAACGAAUAGGCAUCCGAGCAGAAACUGAAACGUCUGUCCCCUUUACUGAAGGCAAUGCGACUAGUAAUAAAGGUCAACACCUUCAGACAGUUUCCUUGGAGGAACUGAACAAAUUUGAGUCCAAUCACAAGAGGCUUGAAGGCGGAAAAGAUGAUUUUGAUCUUAAACAACGAAAGAAAUAUAUUAAAGAUAAAGCAGAGAUUCAAUAUAGAAAAUCAUUGCCCGUUCCUAAGUUAGAAGAAAAUAAGCAAGUUAGAAGUUAUUCAAUGCCUGCUCGAUAUAAAAUUACAGACACUGGUCAACAACAAUGGAAAAAUAACGUUCUAGAGAAAGAUGGCAGUACAAUACUACUUUCUGAAGAUAGAGGUCAGCAACCGACGGUAUCGGAGAGUUGCGAAAUAAAAAAAUCAGGCAAAGAAAGCACAAUAAAAUCACAAGAAGAUGAAGAAGAAAAGAAGGACGUUAAAUGGUCUUUUCCAAUUUCAUCUACAACGUUUAAUUGCUCUUGUCAAGAGAUUGAUUGCCCUGAUUGUAGUCAAAUUAUUAAAAUUAUUAAUACAGAGAAUUUAACAAACGUUGAAAGAAUAGCUGUUGUCCAAUUAUUUAGGACAAUUCCAGAUAUUUGCGUAGAGGAAAGUGAUAAUUGUAAAAUAAUACUUAAAAUAAAAAUGAACACUACAAGUCUACCUAAUGAAGAGAAAACACUAUUAAAUGAUCUACUACAUAAGUGUGAACAUUCUCCAUUGUUCUUAGACUUCGAACCUGCUGUCUUUAAUCUCUCAGACGUAAAGACAGCCGACAGAUUGGUCUUUGAAACUUUGUCUUCUAAGGCUAUUGGAUUAAAAGUUAAGUGCUCCAAUGGAGAGUUAAUUAUACCGAAACCGCUCGAUUACACCAAAUUAACCGAAAACGAGGCCAUAACUCUCAAGAAACUAGUCGAAAAAUUGAAAAAUUCGAAGCGUUUGUUCGAUAGUUCCAUUCGACUUCCAAUUAUUGCAAAGAAACAAAAUCAGAAGGAAUCCUCGCAAGUUUACAACUUGGAACAAAAUGAUUUCAGUCGAGGAAGUGAUGGUGACAUUAUUUGCGAAAAUGAUUCCAAAUACAGUGGAGGAAAAUCAAGAGAUAAAUCAUUAAGUAAACAAUCGAGUCCUGAAGAAGUGCAGAAAAUAACUGAAGCCCAGUUUUCGAAUAAGGACGAUGCAAAUCGUAACAUUCCCCCCCAAGCGUAUGUAGAUAACGAAACUAAUCAAGCCGAGAGUGACACUAAAGAAAUUCAAUUUCAAGGUACAGAGACAGACAGCCAUGCGACAGAAUAUCGAAAGAGUGAAAAAACAUCACAUAAGACAACAAAUGAAGAUUUAGACAGUGGCCGUAUAGAUUAUUUAAAUGAUGAGAAUUCCAGUUUUAAAGAUAGUGGACACACUAAAAUGUAUACUAAAUAUUAUCUUUUCAACUUGAAAAAAAAACGAUCAUCAUAA